GCAAGGUUUGGUGAGUAGGGCGGAUGACGGAGAGCUUCCGACCCCACUUAUUGCAACUCGGAGACCGUCUGCUGUGCAGCAUGAGGUCGCGCGUUGUCGUGCGGGAGCAGCGGAGAGGAGCGAUCGGCCAACGCCGGUCGGAGAUGUGCCAGCUUCAAUCGUUGUGUUCAGUUCUUCACAGUACGCAUCUGCAGUGAUGCUCAUCCCAUUGGUAAGAAGCUGUGAGGAAUCACACUACCAAAUAGUGACCAUCACUUUUCUAGGGGUUAGUUUUCAUUUAGGGCAUUGUUUAGGUGCUGAACCAGGAUCCAACCAACUUGCUGAGCGCUUGAGGUUAUCAAACAGAAUUCAUUUUUCAUCGCAGGUGAUCAAUGAAAGAAAGAAAGAAAGAAAAGAAAGAAAGAAAAGUUUAUUUAGAAUACACAUCAUACAAAGAAAAGAGAGAAAAAAAAAAAACAAUAAAUUAAAAUACAUUGCACCUUGCAUGAUGUGAUCCUAAGGGUCACCAUAUUGCAGUGUCCGUAAGGAUACCGCGCUGAUCUUCCGUGGAGCCAUUAAGGUGACGUUUGGACGGUAUCGAGACGUGCGGAGCGCCUCUAACAAACAUCGACAAAUAUUAAAAGAAGACAGAUACGUAAAUUAAAUACAAAAAUAUUACUAGUAGAAACAAGUGGUAAAAAUAAGCCAAUUAUAAAUAAUAAUACAAUAAAUAAAUGAUAACAUAAUAAUUUGGUAAAUAAAUAUUAUAAUAAAUUAAACAAAACAAAGGACCCAUUACUUAUAUGUUUUAAAUUAAAAGAUAAUGUUUUCGAAUUUUGGUUUUAAAAGUGGUCUUGGAUAUUUUUAAAUUACGAAGAGGAGGAGGCAAAUCAUUCCAGCACUUUGUUGCCGCGAAUUUAAAGCUUGCAGCUCUGAAAUGUUGCGGCACUUUAAGGGUCCAGACUCGAUUUGAUCUUGUCAAGGAUGUUUUGUUCCACUCUAGCUUAUCAAAUAAGUAAGCAGGCUGCUGAGACUUCAAUACUCCAAAUAGAAGUGUAGCAAGGUGAAGAUUCCGUCUCGCUUUCAUAUUGAGCAGUUUAGCUUCGUUAAUAAACGGCGCAACAUGCGUUCUGGGGGGAAUAUGAAAACAGAACCGGGCACAUGCAUUUUGGAUGCGUUGUAUUAGCCGUUGAGUGCGAACGAGCAGUCGUGGCCCAUACAAAGCAUCAGCGUAGUUUAAUUUUGAGAGUAUUAAAGACUCACAUAUCCCAACACGCACAUCUACACUCAUAUAAUUCCGUACACGGUAUAAAGUUCUUAAUCUAUAAAAACAACUGCGCACUGUUUCCAAGAUAUAACCUUCAAAACGCAAUUCAGUAUCUAUCAGUACCCCUAAAUUUCUAGCCUCAUUAAUACGCUGCAGCACUUGAUCUUUAAUACAUAUAGCAGAGAGGUUUGGCGAUACCUUUGCGACUGCCUGACGAGAGCCAAGUAACAUGAACUUUGACUUGUCAGCAUUUAGUACUAACUGAUUAUUAUUCGCCCAGUUUGCUAUAUUUUCCAAGUCAUCGUUUAGUUUACUAACGGCAUCACUAUAAUCAUCAGGUUUAAAAGAAAUAUACAGUUGAGUGUCGUCUGCAUACAUAUGAUAAUUUGAGUUAUUAAUACUGUCUACUAUGUCUGCAGUAUAUAUAAUGAAAAGUAAGGGACCUAAGAUAGAGCCUUGUGGGACUCCUCGAGACAAAAGUUUAGAUUCUGAGGUAGCUAUCCAUCCCGUGGAAUCGCGCAAUUCAACGUACUGAGUACGCUGAGACAGAUAGCUUGCAAACCAACUGAUGGAUUUUGUCGAGAACCCGUAAAAUGAAAGUUUUGCUAAUAAUAACGAAAUAUUAAUUGUAUCAAAUGCUCGAGAAAAAUCUAACAAAGUUAACACCGUUACUUCACCUUUGUCUUGUGAUGCUAACAUAUUAUCAACCACAUCAAUAAGAGCGGUGGUAGUACUUCGAAACUUUCUAAAACCGGAUUGCUUGUUUGGAAGAAAUAUUGUUACUUUCAAGGUAUUGAGACAGUUGAUUACAAACAACUUUUUCAAGUAUUUUAGAGAGACAAGGAAGUAUGCUAAUCGGUCUUAAAUCCUUUAAUUCAAGUACAUUCUGUUUUUUGGCAACGGUUUGACCACAGCAUUUUUCUAUAUUUGCGGAAAAGUACUAGUUUUAAUGGAAUGAUUGACAAUUUCAAUGCGGUUCAAAUUCCUUCAUUCGUGUGUCUGUCGAGCAGUGUCUCGACGAGUACUUCGCGCUGGCCAUCGUCGAGUUCGUGGGGCACUCAUUUAUCAAGCUUGCCAAUACGCAAAAACUUUGACGCAAAUAGACCAAUAUUGUUUUGACGCUAACGUCGAAAGCUGCUGCUAAUUCAGCCGUAGCUUGUGUAUCUUCGGCUUCCACAAUCGCCUGUAAUUGUCGACCAAAGUCUUCGGUCGACCGCGAGGUUCAUUUUUCAGGCCGAAAUUCCCAGAACGGAAGCGAGCAAAUCAAUAACAGUUGGUUGGCGUUGGUUUGUAGUGUUAGCUCCGCAGACGUCGUUAAUGUCGCGUGCCGCUUGUGCCGCGUCGCUGCCACGACGGUGACGGUACGCAUAUGCCAUAACUACUCGAAUAUUUAACGUAUCCUUGAUGACGAAAAAGGCUGAAAUGCGAUGAAAAUGUAACACUAAACAAUAAACAAAUGACAACUUUUGGAAAAAGAAUUCCAUGUUUUUUAAAUAAAAUUAAUUUGAAAUUAGAAUUCUUUACCAAACAAAAAUUAUUUUGAUUUGAAAUGGUCAGUAUUGUAGAACGGCAAUUUUAUAGGUACCUAUUAAUAAUAAUAAUAAUAAUAAUUACUAAUGGUAAGUGCUGAAUAAUCAUAGGGUUUAAAAAAUGUCUACUAUAUAAAAAAAAAUUAUUUAAAACAAUGGGGAUGAUGACUAGGUUUGAAUAUAUUGAUUUUUAUGAUACAUUCGGGUAAAUAAGGUCAAUGUUAACUAAUUUAUACAUAAAAAGCAAAGAUUCAAAAAAAAAAGAUAUAAAAAUAAAAUUUCAAAAUCUAUUAAAUUUUUUUUAUUGUAAUUAGAUGAAAAUUCAUACAGUUUUAGCUUCCUUACAUUAAUGUGACAUUUUUCAAUAAAUGAACUAUAAACAUAAACGCACAAACAACAAAGAUAUUAGUAAUUUUGUUUGAACGCCCAUACAAACCUAAAGAUGAGCGAGCCAACGACGACGCUGUAUGGGGCGUUUUUCAGGGAUCCGCGGCAGCGCCGCAAAUCUGACCCUUUAAAUCCCUGUAGCUCCGAAAGUAAUGAUCGCAGAUACCCUGUUCCUUUUACAAAAUUGCUUUGCUGUUAGUAUACUCUUAAUUUAUGUACAAUUUAAAAAACUGUCAUCAUCCCUAUUAUUCACCGCUGCAGUAUUUCCGUAUUGCAGGGGCUUUAUUAAUAAGUGUCAAUGUUAGAGAAAUUUAGAAUACAAAAUAAUUAUUACCAUUGGUGUUCUUUUAUUCAUUAUAGAUACCCACAUCCCAUUGUAGCGGGUCGUCGUAGCGACCCGGCGAGGUCUGCCGCGCGGGCGUUUGCUGGACAACGCACAGGCAUUUCAUCUAACUCAGUUCAAAUUAACACCAGCCAAAACGCCAGCGUUGCAAGAUGAUUUAAGAGUUGUAGUGUCAUCAUCACCAUCACCAUCACCAUCACCAUCACCAUCACCAUCACCAUCACCAUCACCAUCAUCAUCAUUGACAACCCAUAUUCGGUUGACCCUAACCCAUCACUAUUGAGCACGAGUCUUUUCUCAGAAUGAGAGGGGUUAGGCCUUUGUCCACCACGCUGACCAAAUGACAAUGGCCAAAGGACAGCUAAGGGAACCCCUUAAUAGUAUAGGUACAGUAGCUACCAUGUGAUUGGGCUUGAUUAAUUUGCAGUGAUAAUAACUUUUAUAUAAGGGUCGUCAACACAAGCAAAGAAGAUUUUGAAUAUUCAUAUUUAGUAGGGUAUAGGUAGACGGGGAGUGAUGUAUACGAGUAAAGAUUAAAGUAGUAUUUUUAAAUUUAGUUCGGUUGAUUGUACGUAAUAAGAAAAAUAAGUGUAAUUAAUGUAAGAAAAUAACGCCGUGGUUUAAGUCUUUAUAAUCAAAAUGUUUAAUAUUGUUCUACACUUAUAACAUGUUUUCACUAAAAAUGGUAAAAUAAAAAAUACAACCAACUUUAAAAUUACAAAAAUAUUUCUACUAAACAAAAAAGAAAAAAUAACAUCGCAUGUGCUACCUUCUGAUCAGUUUAAAGGCGGUUCCGACAGGCUACGACACCCAGAACAUCUAUAUGAUCGGUGAUAGGAGAUACUGUAAUAGGACACCCUGUGAGUAGACACGCCUGCGUUUUGCCAAAUUGGCAUCACCCCAGUCAGAAACUUUUUUAAGGGCAGAGUUCAAGCAUUCCACCAUCGCCUCUCGGAGUUCAUUGGUUUUUAUACCACUCCGUUACAGUGCUGUCAUCCGCAUACCCAAGGAUUCCAAGUUUAAGCGGGUCAUUAAUAUGCAGCAAAAAGAGUGUAGCGGAGAGAACAGGCCCUUGAGGAACUCCGGCAUCAAUAGCCAUUAAAUACGACGAGCAGCCAUCAGUGACUACACGAAAGGAACGUUCACUCAAGAAAUGAUGGAAUACCAUAAGCUGGAAGCUUACUAAGGAGGCCGUCAUGCUAGACCCAAGAGACAGCAAGGGCCUCUCCGUGCUUAUCAAGCCUGUUCAGUCGCAGAGAUAGCGAGUGACCCAUCGGGUUUCAGCAAAGGCGGCGGCGACGACCGACAGAAGUUCGUUUCCACUAAUUUCGCGAAGGAUCAAAAAGCUUUGCUGCCACUAGGGUAUGUAGCUAAUCUGGCUCCUAUGCGACUAGUGCGUGAAAAACGAGACUUCUUCAGAACUUUUUUUUGCAAGCCUUGGCAGAAAUAUUAAAUUGCGUUUUUUUCAGUUUCAAUUACGAACAAAAUGACCAUUACGACUACAAGCAGUAGCGGGCGACAAACGCUGACUGUUCGGUGCCAGCUGAGGCACAUCCGAUACAUCACAAAAUAUUCCAUUGCCCGAAACAUCACCUCGGAACUUGCACUUUCACAGCUUGAAGAAUUAUCGGAAAAAAAGCAAAUCUGCCGCCAACCUUCCGAUUUGUACUCCCAAACCCGUCUUGUAGAGCCAUGUGCGUAUGUAUGUAAGUAUGUAUGUAAGUAUGUAUGUAUCUUGUAUGUAUGUAUGUAUGUAGGUACUUAUUGAUUUAAUAUUUAUUUAUUGUAAUUAGCAGUAUAUUAUAAUUUUUAAUAUUCUUUCACCUGUCAAGGCAGAAACUAUAAGGGUAGAUAUAUAUUUAAGGAACAAGUUUUAUAAACCUACUUUCUUAUGACUAAAUGAACUAUCAUUACUAGCAGCAGCGCAGUAUGACAGCACAGGACUGAGCGCGGCGGGGGCGGGGGCGGCGGCGGCGGCGGGCGCAGGCGCGGCUGGUAUCGACGCGAGGGCGCGCGGCGCGGCCAGCAGUCGGGUGCCGCCCCGCACACGGCACACGGCGGCAGCGGCAGCAGCGGCAGCAGCGGCAGCAGCAUGGACGCGCAGCAGCAGCCCGCGCCCGCGGCCGCGCGCCCGCUCGUGCGCCCCGACGAGUUCGGCGAGGUCGACACCGCCAGGUACCCGGAGCCGCAGGAGGCCACGCACAAGGUGCGCGGGCGCGGCGACGUGCUGGAGCUGCUGUGCGGCGCGGGCGCCGUGGACCCCGAGCUGCUCACCGUCAAGACCUUCUACUUCUUCUUCUACUCCGCCUUCGGCUCGCUGUUCCCGCUCAUGGGCGUGUACUUCAAGCAGAUGGGCAUGAACGCGGGCCAGUGCGGCCUGCUCAUCGGCACGCGGCCGUUCGUGGAGUUCCUGUCGGCGCCCUUCUGGGGCGGGCUGGCCGACCGCUGGCGCAAGGGCCGCCUGCUGCUGCUGGCGUCGCUGGGCGCGUGGAUCGUGUUCACGCUGCCGCUGAGCUGGGUGCAGCCGGCCGCCGUGGCGUGCGUGCAGCCGCUCAACGCCAGCGCCUACCGCCUGGCGCCGCCGCGCUACGACGACGACUGGGCCGGGCCGCCGCGCGCCUGGCGCGGGCCGGCCGCCGGACGCGCCGGCAGCCCGCUGCCCGUGAGCGACGCGCAGAACUACUCGCCGGCGCAGCGCGACUGGGUGUCGCCGCUGCACUCCUUCGUGGUGUACAGCACGCCCGACAUCCAGAAGACGUUCUUCCUGCUGCUGCUGCUGGUGGUGGUGGGCGAGUUCUUCAGCGCGCCCGCCAUCACGCUGGCCGACUCGGCCGUCAUCACGCUGCUGGGCGAGGACGCCGACCGCUACGGCCACCAGCGCAUGUUCGGCUCGCUGGGCUGGGGGCUGGCCAUGUUCUUCGUGGGCAUCGCGCUGGACCACAGCACGGCCUUCAGCACGCACCCGUGCGGCGGCCCGCAGCGCUACGAGAAGAACUACACCAUCUGCUUCGCCACGUUCUCCGUGCUGAUGGGCGCCGCGCUGGUGACGGCCACGCAGAUCCGCUUCAAGUACGAGCCCGCGCCGGCGCCGCCGCCGCCGCCCGCCGCGCCCGCGUCGCCCACGCGCGAGGAGCGCCUGCAGCGCCAGCUGGCGGAGCAGCUGCAGCUGCCGGGGCUGGACACGGGCGCGCCGCCGCCGCCGCUGGAGCACGCCGAGGUGUUCGCGCAGACCACGCGCGAGAUGCCCGAGUGGGUGACGGUGCUGCGCCAGUUCCAGAACGUGAAGGCCGCCUCCUUCCUGCUGGUGGCCUGGUUCAUGGGCUUCGGCAUCGGCCUCAUCUUCACCUUCCUGUUCUGGCACCUGCAGGACAUCGGCGGCUCGCCCACGCUGUUCGGCGUGGCGUCCGUCAUCAACCACAUCUCCGAGAUCUUCGCCUACUUCUUCAGCUUCAAGCUGAUCACGCAGAUGGGCCACGUGAAGGUGCUGUGCCUGGGGCUGGCCGGCAACGUGGUGCGCUUCCUGUACAUCUCGUGGCUCCCGGCGCCGUGGUGGGUGCUGCCCUUCGAGUUUGUGCAGGGCGUGACGCACGCCGCCGUGUGGGCCGCCUGCUGCUCCUACAUCGCGCACGGCUCGCCGCCCGGCCUGCGCUCGUCGGCGCAGGGCGUGCUGCAGGGCCUGCACCACGGCCUGGGCCGCGGCUGCGGCGCCGUGCUGGGCGGCGUGGCCGUGGCGCGCUGGGGCACCACGCGCACCUUCGCGGGCUACGGCCUGCUGUGCGGCGUGGCGCUGGCCGCCUUCGCCUUCGUCAACUUCCGCGACGGCGGCGACGCGCCCGGCGCGCCCGACGACGAGGCGCGCGCCGUGGCCGAGGCGGGCGUGCUGGCGCCGCACGGCGUGCCGUCCAACCCGCUGCCGCGCGCGCUGUCGUCGUCGCGCCUGGCCGACCUGGCGCCCGACAACUACGGCGCCACGCACUCGCACGGCGACAGCCUGGCCGUGCCCGGCGCCGCGCCCGCCCCGCACAACCCCUUCCUGGCCGAGCCGGGCCUCCGGUAGGCCGCGCCGGCCGCUGCCGGUGUCUGUAAUAUUGAUCGAUUAGAUAGUUCCUUUUGAUGACAUGUUCGUUUCCACUCGAGGCGGGCGUCGCGCGCCCCGCCCCGCCUCGCCUCACUCAUCGCUGUAAAAACUUCGAACUAUUUUUGCGACUCCAAUACGAUUAAUAUAUUAAAUAAACAGAGUCUCGUUCGCUAUGUCUCUCGUCCGGCCGCCGCCCCCCGGCGCGCGCAGCGUGUAGUGCGCCGCUUGUUGUACUCGAUGUGGAGCUAUUCAUAUAAUUAUAGAUAAAUACAGCGAACGUACGUCUUCAUAAAGUAUUAUCGUGUAAAUGUGUGUACUCGUGGUGUGUGCUGUGCGACACGUCUCGUCUCGACGCCUCACGUCUCGUCACGACGCGUCACAUCUCGUCACGUCUUGUCACGUCUCGUCACGACGCGUCACGGCGAAUCAUGGCGCGUCACGGCGCGUCCCGUCAGCCCCGAUGCGACGACGUCAUAAUUAUGUUUGUUGACACGUAGUAGAUGUUUAUGACAUAGCUGUAAAUGAUCAUAGUGUAUGUAUACAUUUGUUGUAAACUAACUCUUUAGUGAUGUGAACGCGGCACAGUUAUAUAUUUUUGCACUGGCCGGGCGGCGCGGCGCCGGGCCGCGUGGCCGGGCCGGCAGCACUCCGGGCGCCCGGCCGGGCCGGCAGCGCUCCGGUCGCACAGAGCGCCCGUCGCAGGCUCCGAACCGGCGCCGCUCCAGAGUCGCGCCGGGCGCCGCGCCGCUGGCAACGAUCUUCGAUUUCUAAUAUAUUAUAAUAAUAAAUGUUGACUAUUCA